AUGGCAAUGUCAAAUCAGCGGCGUCGACCAGAGACGUUGCUUGCGAUCCUGCUGCUCGACUAUGCCGAGACUAUUCGCAAUGUGCAUCCCAGUCGAAUCACGACUUCGGUCCACUAUCAAGGGGCGAUAGCACUGCUAGAGCAGUACGAAUGCGAAUCAUCGAAGACUGGCAAAGCUCACCCAUUGGCUUCUGCUGCCAUACAUCGAGCAUUCUUCAACGCCUUGCACAAACUUCCAAGUCCGGAGACGCCUGUGAGAGAUGGAACGGCUAUCACGCCUACCGGAGCACUGAACCCGGUACUGCUCAUGGAUGAUGUUAUCGGGCGGACCCUGGCCUUUUGCCGCUCGACCCAGUCGAAUGAGGAGUAUGUAGAUCGCACAAAUGACAUUAUCCAACUAGGACAAAUUCUCGGGUCAUGGUACCUUACGAUACCUGCGAGCUGGACCGUCGUUUCUAAACAGGUACCGACAACGACUCGCUCGGACGUGCCAUAUGAUCACUAUCCAUCCCUCGACAUAGCCUCUCUUUUUUGUCAAGGCUACUGCGCUCGCAUACUUAUCAAUGAGCUCGAAAGACGUGCGAGCGUUCCGGCCGUGGCCGAGCGAGCAAGUACAGCUACUCUGGUGAACCGGAUCUUCGCGUCCGUACCAUUUCUGCUCGGUGUGGCCAAGCGCUCGAGAGACACAGGACCACGAUUCUGCUCGACCAUGCAGACGUGGACAGCACCUGCGCCGCUCAAGUGGUGUGAAGAAGAGUUCGUGGGCGAAUUCCUUGGGUUGUGGCACAUCAUUAACAUACUCCGCUUCCUGGACCAUAUCUUGAGUAACAGUAUACCAGGCAUCCCACGAGUGGAAGCAUGUCCGAGAACAGCUCGUGCGGUCAAGGAUCAACUGCAAGCCGUGAAGUCUCGUUUUAGACUGGUCGAUCCUUUGAGUCUCCCGAAUUUCGUCAGGCCUUAA